UCCAUAUGUGUGUCCUGUCAGUGUCCAGGGGGAGGUGGUGCGUUCACGGCACUUCCUGCCCUCUCUCUCUCCCUCGGUGCUGGCAGAGGUGAGCCGCCGCUGCUGUUCACUCGGCUCCCUGCGCUGCACUGGGAAAAAGCGGCCGACGGAUUAUCCAGCUCAGUAACGUUAGCUCGUCGGCUAACGGGUCAAGACAGCAACCGAGAGGAGCCAUGAAAAGCCGCCGGAGCCAGUGAAAGUUAGUCACGGCUUACUUCGGAGACUUUAAUGUACGGAAAUACACAAAAAAGGAGGUUCGCGGAUCAUGCCGUCGCCCCCAACGGCAACUUCUCUCUAGAAUUUCCACUUGGGAAAGGCUAGCUUAGGGGCUAACGAGGCUACAAACUAUUUUUAAUUGGCUUUGGGCUCAAUGGCUCCUGCUUGUUUUCUCCUGUCAUAGCGACAGCUUGGAAAAUAAAAACGGGGAGAGGCCCCUUGUGAACUUCAUGACAAACCAAAGCCCGGAUUUGAAGCGUAACUUCGGGACACGAGACUGGCAAAGGGACCGACCAUGAAGAAGCAGUUCAAUCGGAUGAAGCAGCUCGCCAAUCAAACCGUUGGCAGAGCGGAGAAAACAGAAGUCCUCAGCGAUGACCUCUUGCAGAUUGAGAGGCGCAUGGAGUUGGUGCGUGUGGUGUCCCACAACACGCACAAGCGGAUGGUGUCAUGUCUACAGGGACACAUCGGCGCAGAGGCCGAAAAGAGACACUCCGUCCCACGCCUCUAUACAGGAAAUGGUCAGAAAAAGCUUCCUCUCACUGCUCUGUCCCAGGCGAUGGUGGAAGGAGGAAACCAAUUGGGAGAAGACUCCUUGAUAGGGAAGAUGAUGGAAGUGUGCGGCGAGGCAGAGAAUCGUCUGGCAUCAGAAUUGAUGCAGCACGAGCUGCAGAUCGAGAAGGACGUUCUGGAUCCCCUCAGCCAGCUCGCCGAGGUGGACAUUCCUAACAUCCUGAAGCAGAGGAAACAGCUGGCUAAAUUGGUGCUGGACUAUGACUCUGCCAGAGCAAGAUGGUUGCAGGCAACCAAGUCGAUAAUCUCAGGAACAAACACUCACGCACUGACGGCCAAGGCUGACCUACUCAAGGAGGAGAUGGAUGAGGCCAUGAACAAAGUGGAGCUUUGCAAGGAUCAACUCGCUGCAGACAUGUACAGUUUCUUCGCAAAAGAAGGGGACUAUGCACGCUUCUUCGUAACCCUCUUAGAAGCUCAAGCUGAUUACCACAGAAAGUCUCUCACUGUUCUGGAGAGUGUUUUGCCAACCAUCCAGGAUCAACAAGACUCGUGGACAGAGAAGCCUGCGUUUGGCACGGGGCUGGAUGAGCACCUGAAGAGGAGUGGGAGGGAGAUCGCCCUGCCUAUAGAGGCCUGCAUCAUGAUGCUGCUCGAGACGGGCAUGAAGGAAGAGGGUCUACUCAGAAUCGCAGCAGGGGCGUCCAAGCUAAAGAAGUUAAAGGCAGCGCUGGACUGUUCCACUUCACAACUGGAGGAGUUCUACUCUGACCCCCACGCUGUCGCUGGCGCUCUGAAGUCCUACCUGAGGGAACUCCCUGAACCUCUCAUGACGUUCCAGCUUUAUGACGAAUGGAUCCAGGCAUCCAGCGUGUCAGACCCAGACAAGAGGCUCCAGGCACUCUGGGUCGUGUGUGAUAAUCUCCCAAAGAACAACAAAACCAACCUGAGGUAUCUGGUGAAGUUUCUUGCCAAACUGGCUCAGGACAGCGACGCAAACAAAAUGACUCCCAGCAACAUCGCUAUCGUCCUGGGACCCAACCUGAUGUGGGCCAAGACUGAGGGGAGUCUGGCUGAGAUGGCUGCAGCUACCUCUGUGCACGUGGUGGCCAUCGUGGAGCCCAUCAUCCAGCACGCUGACUGGUUCUUUCCUGAGGAUGUGGAGUUCAACGUGUCCGGCAUGUUUGCGAUGCCGACACCUGCAUCCAACCACAACAAUCACCUCGACUACGACUGUGGCACCAUCGAGAGGAAGAGGCCCGGCAGCAUGGUGGGACCGGAGAACGACGCCACGCGCAAAGACAACACGCCUAACAAGCACUCGGACCACACCCUCCGUAGAGGCAGUAACACCUUAGGUAGAAAGCAGCACACUUCACCUGCCUUCCAGCCCCCUUUACCCCCUGUGGAGGCCCCCCAGCCCCCAGCUGACCCCCAGCCACAAGCUCCAUCAGGGGGCUCAGGGCCUGACGCUGCCCAGCAGAGCUUGGCGCAGAGUCUGGCUGCUCUCGCGGCCGCUCAGCAGCUUCUAGCCCAGCACACAGAGGAACUCAGCAACCCAAAGCUGCGUGACUACACAGCAGGCCAGACCCCUCUGCUCCAGAGGAAUGGCUCUGGGGGAGGGAGCCACGCUGCAGGGCAGCUGGGCACUGGGACCCCCGGGGCCGGAUCCAUGGGGCCCAGUCCGCAUAUGAUGCGUAGAGGUACCAAGAAGCAGGCUCCUGCCCCUCCCAAACCGAUGAACCCUCCACCCAGCCACGCCUCCUCCUCGGGCUCGUCCCAGUCCCUCAGCCCCAGACCCGUGUCCGGCCACUCGCCCACCACGCCCACUUCUCCCUGCUCACAGCCGUGUGCCACACCCAGACGCCACUCCAGCAACCAGCCCCCGAUCCAGGCGCCCAGCCAUCCUCCUCCAGAGCCUCCGUCACCGGCAAGCCCUCCGACGCAUCCCGGCGGAGACCAGCAGAGCCGGGAGUCCUCACCUCCGGGCACCCCGACCCCUCCAGACAGCCCUCCGCUCUCCGCCGCCACCCAGGAUGUGGCUCCUCCGUCCCCGUCUCCGUCUCCCUACCAGUCGGGCUCCCUUCCCCGGCCCCGACCCGUCCCCAAACCCCGGAACAGACCCAGCGUCCCUCCACCACCGCAGCCAUCUGCACUGGCCGGCGACACCAACGGGAUCUGUGCCACCGCGUACAAGAUGAUGGACCCGGCGAUGUCUUUCAAAGGGCUGAGUCGAGCUUUGGUCCCUGAGCUCGCUGUAGAGCAGCAGCCAGCGGCCUCCUCCUCCUGCCUGCCUCCUCCCAAAGACUGUGACCUGGACACUGAGAGCACUGUCCUAUAAGGAGGAGGUGAUGACCCCCCCCCCGUGGUCCAGUGCCCCCCCCUCACACCUCCUCUCAUCAUACACUACAUUUAGUCUGCUCCUGUUUCGUCCCGGCUCAUAUCUGCAGCCCUCCUCUCCUCAGAAGGACUUUACUGUGACAUGCUGCAGCUUCUGGCCCCCGUGAUGGAGGUCCCCCGCUCCGGGUGUUUUACUUCUCAGCAUUUUAACUGGGAAACCAACUUAUUUAAGCUAAACCAAGCAUUUUAAAUGUGGUUGUUAGCUAAUCUGUGGCAUUAAUUAGUAUUUGUAGCAGCUACUACAUGCAUAUUAAUUAACAUCACUUAUUUGGACUUAUGUGACGUUAUCUGGCGAUUAUUCUCAAGAUUUAUCGAUUGGUCUAGAAAAGGAAGUGAAAUAUGUUCAUCAAAGUUUCCUAAAGUGCACGUUGAUGUCUUUAGAAGUCUUGACGUCGGACUAAAACCCCAAAAUAUCCAGUUUAAUAUGAUACAAAAUGGAGAAAAGCAGGAAAUCUACAUAUUUGUUUCUAGUUUCUGCAGUUUCUGCAUGAAAAAUGAGUUUAAACGAUUAACAGAUCAUCUACUGUAUGUUACAUAAUCAUUAAUAUGUCAUAGUUAGAGCGGACAGUAAAUUAAUAGAUCGAUAUUUAAUUUAUUCGUCAUUUUUUAAAGCAAAAAUACCAAAAAAGAAGCUACUUGAUUAUUUAAACUUGGGUUUUUGGGAAACAUAACUUGUAUAUUUUCUAGACCAAGUUAUUAAUUGAGACAAUAACCAGCAGAUUAAUCGUUAGCCUCUUGUCCGACACCAAAUCCCCACAUUGGACCACUCGCACCACCUUCAGGUGUCUCACAUGUCCAGUCUGUUACUCGCCAUUAUUGACUCCCAGAGUCCACGCGACCUCCAUGACGGUACCAGACGGGAAGAGAUUUGUGACACAAAAGCCUCCACGCUGCAGCACGCCCACGCCACGGCUAUCUUUACACUGCACUCCCUGCAGAUCGAGCUCCAGACAAUCACAGCGGAGGACCGCUGACUCACCAGUAACACCGAUAGAAAGCAAGCGUACCGACCGGGGCGGGAGAAACGCCCAAAUAUGGACUGACGAGCCUCGUUUGGAUUUUGGUGUGAGGUUUUGUAUUUCUUUUUAAUGUUGGGGAAAAAAAAUGGCCUUAGAGCAAGAAAUGAAAUGAAUGAAAUAAAAAAGGUAUUUGUACAGCACGGGGACGGGAGAACACAGAAGGUCAGCAGGUGACGUAGAAACCAAAACUGUUGCUUAAAGUGUGACUGCAGGUUUCCAGUCGGUUUUGUUUUGUAACGCAUCCUUUCCCCUCACUCCUGUAUUUAUUUACUGAGCUUCAAAAGAAAACACACACAUUCCCUGUGGCUUGACAUAAUUACUGCAGUCUUUAAAUGUAAAUCAUGCCUUAUGGGUUCCCAGCAGAACCAUUAUAUAUUUACUGUAUGGAGGAUAUACUUGGCUCCUAGUACUACAGUAUAAAGAGUUUGUUUCAGGGACGUGAGGAAGGUGAUGUGACCCUCUGCAAUAGAAGUCUUGUGUGGCUCCGUAUUGUGUAUUUAAAUGUGUUUUUGGUUGAUUUCUUUGGGUUUUAUAAGCAGAAGUACCUGAACACACUCAGUAUUUGGCCUUUCUGUUGUUCCAUCGAGGGGGGGGGGGGGGGGGGGGGGGGGGGGGGGAACGUGUCACACAGGCUGUGUGUGAGUGAAUGUAGUGAAAGGACAAUUCUUACCAGCCUGAACAGAAAGACGCAUAAACAGCUGAUGUUGCACUUGACCAAUGAGUGGUUUCCUAGUGAACUGGUUUAGAGGAUUUAGUUUUUUUCCCAGUCUUUCCCACUGAGCUGAGAGCACGCAGCGCUGCGGCGCCUCAGUGGUGAUGUGGUGUCAGAUUCUUGCCAGGUCAAAACAGAUUAAAAGAUGCUUUGUUGUAUUUUCUGUGUAAGCUUUGCUUUUUUUUUUUUGGGCCUCAGAGUUUGGUUCCCAGAGAACUGAGCCGAUAUGGUACCAAUGGAGAAAGUGUUGGAUGCUGCAGUCGGCCUGUUUCAGAGACAUUAUAAUCCCUCCUGUACCUCGCCGCCUUAUCCCCCCCCCCCCCUCGUGCAUCCAGAGAGCUCGCUAUGUCGAGGCUCUGCAAGACGAAACAAACGUCGUGAAACUAGAAAUGCUAAAGCUGCAUAAUUUUGUAUGUACGCCAUCUGGCGAGCUUAAAUAUGGAAUAAAAACAUGUAAUAUGAAUGCUUGGUUAUACCCCCUUUCCAAAGAAAAUAAAGUAUAUGAAGAAACUA